GCGCGGCACUGUGCGGCUGCGCCUAUUUUGCGCAUUUGUUUGUUUUCCGAUCAGGCACCGCGUGGGGCAGCUACUUUAGCCGCUGACAACUUAACGCUGUUGAGUUGGCAUUUCUCUCGCGGGUGCCAGACUGCGCGGAGGGAAGGAGGAGCAGGAGGGUCGCUCGCUUUCUGGAGAAGAAGCAAGUAAAGAGACAUUUGAAAAGGCUCAACAUUUAACCCAGAAUAAAAGGAAGAAAUGACAUUCAGAAAAGUAAACAUUUUCAUUUUGGUGUUUGCUGUUGUUAUAUUUCUGCUAGUGCUGCAUCACAACAUACUGGGUCUCAGUGAUCUCUUGAAAAGGGAAUUAUCAGAUUCAAGUCCAUUAGGCCUCCAACCGAUAGAUUUUAUACCUGAGGCACCUCAAAGGUUGACAGAGGACUGGAACGACAAGGAGAUUCCUGUGGUCAUCACAGCAUCUGAUGAUAGACUUGGUGGGGUAAUUGCAGCUGUGAACAGUAUUCAGCAGAACACCAAGUCCAAAGUGGCCUUCCAUAUUGUCACAUUGAAUGACACAGUGGACCAUCUGAGAUCAUGGCUUAGUAAAACUAGUCUGAAAAAUGUGAAAUACCAAAUACUGGAUUUUGACCCUCGUAUGCUGGAUGGAAAAGUGCAGGUUAAGCCUGAAAUGCCAGACUCAAUGAAACCUCUAACCUUUGCAAGAUUCUAUCUGCCUAAUUGGGUUCCUAAUGCAGAAAAGGCCAUUUACUUGGAUGAUGAUGUGGUUGUUCAAGAUGAUAUCUUUGAACUUUACAACACUCCACUGCAACCGGGCCAUGCAGCUGCAUUCUCAGAUGACUGCGACUCUACCUCAAAUAAGUUUGCAGUUCGUGGAGCAGGAAACCAGUACAAUUACAUUGGAUUUCUCGAUUAUAAAAAAGAAGCAAUUCGGAAGCUGUCCAUGAAAGCAAGUACCUGCUCUUUCAAUCCGGGCGUCUUUGUUGCAAAUCUAACCGAAUGGAAACGACAGAACAUCACUCAGCAACUGGAGAAAUGGAUGGCGCUUAAUGUUGUAGAGGAAAUAUACAGUCGGACUCUCGCAGGCAGUAUCACUACACCCCCUCUGCUUAUUGCAUUUUACAAGAGACAUUCAAACCUUGAUCCUAUGUGGAAUGUGCGCCAUCUUGGUUCGAGUGCUGGCAAAAGAUACUCUCCACUGUUUGUGAAAGCUGCCAAACUACUCCAUUGGAACGGACACUUCAAACCCUGGGGAAGGACUGCAUCCUACGCAGAUGUUUGGGAAAAAUGGUACAUUCCUGACCCUAGUGGCAAAUUCAACUUGAUUCGGAGGCACACUGACACUUACGAGGCAAAAUAAGAUGGAAGUGACACACCCAUUCUUAUCAGGAAUCAGACAAGACCAUAUAAUGAAGCUGGUAAUGCUACAUCCCUUCAGAUUGUUUUAAAAUGGAGACACACUUAACGGACACACUUAAGUACUUGAAAUGCAUGCUUAAAGAGGAAGCCUCUUUUAAGCAGAGGAAACUCCAUGAAACUAGCAUUUUCAACCAGAUGGGAUAUAAAAGAAUGACCUAGGGAUAAAAUGUUUCAGUAGAAGCUGCACCCAAGACUUUAUCACAGCUGGUACUGGGGGAGUCUCAUGUGUUGCACAGCAACUUGAUGUACUAAAAAGCUGCUACCACUUUUUACUGUUACUUAACCUGUGAAUAUAAGCUUUUUGGUGGAUCCCUCCUAUUGCUUGAAGAUCUAUUCCUAUUCUUACAGCUAAUUUUAAGUUCAAUGGUGGGUUUUUUAAAAUAAAAAUAAAAAUAAUCUGCGUUCCAAAAACUAUUUUUAUAGUAAAGUUUCUUUUAAUAAAACUACCCAUCAAUAGUAAAGCAGCCCUUAUUUCUUAAAAAGAGGAAAUUUAUGAUUUAUAGUCAGACUU